AUGGGCCGGAUCCCGUGCUGCGAGAAGGACAACGUGAAGCGCGGGCAGUGGACGCCAGAGGAGGACAACAAGCUGCUCUCCUACAUCACGAUCCACGGCACCCGCAACUGGCGCCAGAUCCCCAAGAACGCCGGUCUGCAGCGGUGCGGGAAGAGCUGCCGGCUGCGGUGGACCAACUACCUGCGGCACGGCGGGUUCACCGACGCCGAGGAGCAGACCAUCAUCAAGAUGCACUCCGUCGUCGGCAACCGGUGGUCCGUCAUCGCCGCGCAGCUGCCCGGCCGGACGGACAACGACGUCAAGAACCACUGGAACACCAAGCUCAAGAAGAAGCUCUCCGGAAUGGACAUCGACUCCGUCACGCACAAGUCCUUCUCCCACCCUACUGUACUGUCUGUUGGCUUGGUAGUUGCUCUGCUGUUGAUGGUGUCCCAUUUAAACUACUCCCGUUAA